UCCGCGCGUCCGCCGACCUCGCAGCUGGGCGGAGAACAUGGCGCAGCCCCCGGCCGCCGCGCCCCCUGCCAGAGCCCAGGAGCCGUCGGGACCCCUGGACGACCCCGCCGCCGCCUCCGAGCCGCCGUUGGGCUUGCAGCAGGUGUCUGCACUGCGCCCCGAGCCGGGCGGGGUCCCGCUGCACUCCCCCUGGACCUUCUGGCUCGACAGAUCUCUCCCUGGUGCCACAGCAGCAGAGUGUGCCUCAAAUCUGAAGAAAAUCUACACGGUGGAAACAGUGCAGAUAUUCUGGAGUGUGUACAAUAAUAUCCCUCCUGUGACUAGCCUGCCUUUGAGAUGUAGUUACCAUUUAAUGAGAGGAGAGAGGCGACCACUUUGGGAAGAGGAGAGUAAUGCAAAGGGUGGCGUAUGGAAGAUGAAAGUUCCCAAGGACAGCACGUCCACAGUUUGGAAAGAGCUGUUGUUAGCAACGAUCGGGGAGCAGUUCACAGACUGUGCCGCAGCAGAUGAUGAAGUAAUAGGAGUCAGCGUCAGUGUUCGCGACCGUGAAGAUGUCAUCCAAGUCUGGAAUGUAAAUGCCUCUUUAGCGGGUGAAGCGACUAUUUUAGAAAAGAUCUAUGAACUUCUGCCUCACAUAUCUUUUAAAGCUGUAUUUUAUAAACCCCAUGAAGAGCAUCAUGCUUUUGAAGGUGGACGUGGAAAACACUAAUUGCACUCUGUAAAGAAUUCUUUGUCCUUUGCUGAUUGGUUUUGGAAACGGUCUUAACAGGAGGGAGAGUGAAGAGAAGACUUGCCGAAGCCCGAUGCUGGUCCAUUUAGAGUGGGUUUCUGUGCUUGCAGAUUGGGCAAUUAGGACUCACAGUGGCAGGUGGUGGUGGGGUGAUUAUGUGGGUUUCUACCAUCGUAUUACUUGCUUUUUUUUAAAUAUAUUUUUUUAGAUUUCUAAAUUCUCUGUUCUAUUCACUCAGAUUUUUUCCCUUUAAAAUUCCUUAUUCAGGCUAAUUAUUGUUUUCUACACUCCCCUUUCAUUGAAGCACAAGAACUUGGUUUCCUUUUCAGUAGCUCUGUUGUACCUCCUUAAUGAGAAUAUGCGUAAUCAUGACAAUCCAGCUUUUGAAACCACAUUGUACCAGGAGGAAUACUAGCUUGGUGAAACCUGUCUUCUGGUUAUUUGUUGUGACACAUUCCUAUGUGCUGUGAGCUGGGCAUUGUUUUUUGUUGUUGUUGUUGGGUUUUUUUGUCCUAGGAAAAAGAAAAACCAUAUUUAACCUGAUUUUGCACUGACAAUGUACAUAUCUUUUAUUUUUCCUUUAUACAAUAAUAUUUAGUGAUAAAAGGAAAAUAAUAUUUGGUUUGGCUAACAUAAAAACUAUAAUCACAGUUCAGUAUCAGGAUCAAACUCUAGGUCUUCGGACCCUCUGUGGAAGUACUUCUUACCAAAUAUAGAUUUGGCCUUUUCAGAAGUUAGUAGCAAGGGAUUUCUCCAACAGAAAACUUGAUAUUUCUGAUUUAAAGAGGUGUUAUUUUUUAAUUGUUUGAAUUAAGCUUCCAAAGUUUGGAUGUGCUUACCCACUUAGAACUUUCCAAAUCAAUUCUAACACACUUUGUUAAAUAAUCCCUCUUUCCUGCUCAUUUUAUGUCAUUUCUGAUAAUCAAUGGCCCCUCCAACCUGGGCAAUUUAUCCUUCCAUUUCAUGUAGGAGCAGGAAGUCAAAGCAUGUGAGCAUUCACAAAGUUGAGCUUAGGAUACCUCCUGUCCAUAUUAAUUGUUGGAAUUGUUCAUAUACAUGGUAUUAUUCUACCAAGAAGUGCUGGUUUUAGUAGAUGAAAAUGGCCACCCUCUCAAACACUAGAUUGCUCAGAAUAUGCCAUGUCCCUCCCUUGACUUUGCCAAGCCUCUGGGUGCUUUUCCCUGAGAAGGGGCAGACCUGUUGGAGAUGCCUCCUCCUGUUGGCUUGUUUUGGGAGACACUGGAAUUUGUGUGCAGUUAAUAUAUUUCUCAAAAGAGUGAUGCCUUUAGAAUGUCAUUGUGCCCAGGAUUUUUAAUUCUUCUUGCAGUGUUGACCAGUAGAGAGAGGUGGGACUACUCCAAACCUCCCACAUAUAUUUAUAAAGUUCUCCUUUCAAACAUUGUAAAUGACUCCCAACCAUAUACAUUUAUUAGAGUUGUGCCCUUCCUUUGAAUUAUUAACUAUACCAACCAUAAUAACAACCAUAGUUUUAAAAAUUACUCUUUUCUAAAGCUGAGUUUUCUCAGCAAUUUCAAAAUGAUGUCUAAGGAUAGAGGAUCCCUUUAGCAAAACCUGGGACUUGUUGCUCUAAAAAAUGUACAUUUCUUUAAAAAUUCAACUUGUUUUAAAAUUUUUCCUCAAGGAUUUAAAACAAUUAUUCUGGACAUGCGUUGGAAGUUCUUUUUGUAAUAUAAAUAUUUUUCUGGUUGAUUAGAAAAAGGAUAUAACUGACUUAAUAAUAAUUGUCAUAUAUUUCCACAAGUAGAUGAAUUUUUAUUUUUGAACGUUAUUUAAAGCAUUUGUGAUGAUGUGUUCAACUUUUGCAUGUAUGAAGCAUUUGAAGUAAAAAUAAAAUGAAAUAAAUAGGAA